UACAGACGCAUUUGAUUCGUAUUCUCAGUUUAUUGGGACUCCUCCCAUUUCCAAGCCUAAUUUUCACCAAACAACGUCGAACAAAAGAUGUCUUCUAUUGUGUAUAUUCACUAGGCGUUCACUUAAUCUUUCUACUAUUCGGAUUUAUGCAAUAUGAAUGUCCACCACCAAUGGUCUUAUUCAAGUCUCAAGAUAAAACGUCUAUGUUUGUUCUUUUAACCGGAUAUUUUCAGUGGAAAAUUAUACUCUUAACCCUUUCUGUUCAUAGUGUGAUAUACAUGGAUAAACUUAAAUCAUUUUUUAAUAUAAUUUGGCGUUUGCAAUAUAUGUCUUAUAGAAGCCCAGUCAAGCUAGGAGUAAUACUAAUCAUAUGCUGUACUCUUCUUACAGCAAGGGUUGUAGACAUGUUUGCCAACCAUAGUAGAUCCUGGGAAACUCAAUUUCUACGAUUCGUUGAUGUUAUAGAAGGCUUGAUGUUUGAUAUCUACAAUUUCCACCUAUUGGUUCAGAUUUGGAUAAUGCAAUCUUGUUUCGCACAACUAAAAGAAAGUUUGCAUAUAGUGUUUCGUGCUGGUAGUAACAGACAGAUUGUACAAACUUUGAAUAAAUGCAGCUUGCAUUUCAAUUUACUGCAAACCUUUAAUGAUUACUAUGGACUUUUUAUGGUGCACAUGUGCAUUAUUGCAUUCUUUCGAUGCAGUUUGACCUCGUACUUUGUGCUCAUAUCGCUAGAUCAGCUUUGGCUCCGUUCUGAUCUUUCACCCACAUUGCUGUUUUUUGCUGGAUGGAAUACAUGCUUGGUUUCGUACAUGUUUUAUAUGCUUGAUGUUAUUAGUGUACAGGCAAACGAAGUUGUUCUGUGCAUUCGACAUUACACCAAUGACGACAAUGAUAUCACUGAUAGCCAAAUGGUGAAUCAGAUCAACCAUUUUCUACUUGGCAACUUGCACCAAAAGAAAAACUUUUCGGCUAAUGGAUUUUUCGACAUCAAUAAUAGAGUUAUUUAUAUGAUAUUCACCUCAGUCGUAACGUAUUUGGUUAUCUUGGUACAAUUCAAGCAACUUGAGGUAGACACUCAUAAAGGACAAUGAACGACAAAUUAUAGCAAACCUCAUUCAUAAAGUACACGUUAAUGCGUAUAUGUAAUUCUUGAAGAAAAUACUUGGUUUACUAUAAAACUUAAUGUUAUUAGCAUAAUUCCUAGUUUAACUAUUGGACUAAUUAUGUUUGGCCAACUCAUUGGAAAAUUUCUGGUAAAAUUCUAGUAGUAAAUUUAAGAAACAUUUGGAUAAUAGCGUUCAGG